AUGCCCAAGACACGCCCACCCACGACGGGCUACGAGCGCCUUGCCCAGGCCGACCAACUCAGCGACGACUCUGACGACGAAUUCGCCGGUCCCUCUGACUCUCUAAACCCUUUCGCUGCCACAGGCGCACCCAACUUCGCCCCCAUCAACAGCAGCGGCUCUGGCACUGCGCGACCCAAGUUUCGACGUCGCGUCGGUAGCGCCGGCGGCGUCGACAUCAAAGCCAUCAAUGCCCGCUUCGAGCGCUGGGCCGACGAGAUCGCCUCCAAAUUCAAGCGCGGCCGCGGAAAGAGCUUUGCCGGCGAGGAGGAGCGUCUCGAGAUCCAACACUCUGUGUUCCGCGCGCCGGAUGGUGUCAGACCCAUCACAGCCGAGGGCCUCGCCGACACUCCCGAGGGUGCCAUCACCAAGGCCGACUUUGAGGCUACCGUCGACAGCGUCAGACGUGCCAUUCGACAGGAAAUCCACCCCAGUAUGAUCUCACAAGGUAGCUCCGGUAGCUACUUUGCGCGCGAUCCGGAUGGCAAGAUUGUCGGUGUCUUCAAGCCCAAAGAUGAAGAGCCCUACGCGGCCGGAAACCCCAAAUGGAAUAAAUGGAUUCAUCGAAAUCUAUUUCCCUGCUGCUUUGGACGAGCAUGCCUCAUCCCUAACCUAUCAUAUGUCAGCGAAGCCGCUGCCUAUGUCCUCGACCGUCAACUACGAACAAACAUGGUUCCCUAUACAGAUGUCGUGUGGCUAUCUUCCAAAUCUUUCCACUACCCCUUCUGGGACCGCCGCAAUUUCUACCGCAAGAAGAAGCCCUUCCCAGCCAAGCCUGGCAGUUUCCAGGUCUUCCUCAAAGGCUUCAAGGACGCCAACGUCUUUCUUCGCGAGAACCCUUGGCCCGAUCAGUACUGGUCUGGCUUCCGCACAUCGAGCAGUAAAGACGCUCGCAGUCGCAAGAACAAGAAGUGGUCCGAUGCCUGCCGUCCUUCGACGUCAAGCCAAGCCGAGAAUGUCGACUCGGAGGAUGACGAGAGCGAGUCACCGGGUGGUGGCGAGCGCUCGCCGUCUCCAGAGCAGCCACCCAAGUUUGCCUGGACUGAAGACCUAAAACAGUCCUUCCGCGAAGAGCUCGAGAAGCUGGUUAUUCUAGACUACAUCAUGCGCAAUACAGACAGAGGCCUCGACAACUGGAUGGUCAGGGUUGACCACGAAUCCGGCGCCGUGUCCAUCGCCACGGAGCCCAUGCACCUCAACAUGGAAGCAACCGAGGCAGAGCCCGACGCAGACAGCCCGCGACCCGUCAACGCCAGCGACAUGCCCGCCAUGGCGUCCACCGCAUCAUACCCCUAUAAGCGCCAACAGCCCAUGCACGCGUCCAAGCGGCAGCAGGCCUCGGAGAAGCACACGCACAUGGUGCUCGGCGCCAUUGACAACUCACUCUCCUGGCCAUGGAAGCACCCCGACGCCUGGCGCAGCUUCCCCUUUGGCUGGUUGUUCCUGCCCGUUGACCUCAUCGGCCGGCCGUUUUCGCAAAAGACGCGCGACCACUUCCUGCCGCUGCUCACGUCGACGGCGUGGUGGAGCCAGACGCAGAUGGCGCUCAAGCGCGUCUUCCAGGUCGACGAGGACUUUCAGGAGCGCAUGUUUGCCAAGCAGAUUGCCGUCAUGAAGGGCCAGGCCUGGAACGUCGUCGAGGCCCUCAAGACGGCCGACCACGGCCCGCUCGAGCUCACCCGCCGCGCCAAGGUCUGCGUCUGGGACGACCUCGUCGACGUCCCCGUCGCCGUGCCCAUGCGCGUCACCUCGUCCGAGAUGCGCCGCGCCGCGCUCGCCUCCCGCACCUCGUUUGACCAGGACGAGGGGGACAUUGCCAGCUCCGCGCCCGCCAACAGCGCCGCCGGCGCUACCAACGCUGCCUCGCAAAACACGGACCUCCUCGGCUUCGGCGCCUCGCUGCCCGGGGAUCUGCCCAACCCAGGCCGUUUCGAGAUUACCAGCCCAAAGCUUGAAGCAACGGACCCAUUGCAAGACGCCCCCGGCGGCGGCGACAUGUCAUCUUCCCAGGAUGCCAGCACCGCCGCCAGACCAUCUGCUCCUAUCGGCUCAUCCUCCUACCACGGCCCGUCGCGCGCCCUCAACACCUACGACCCGCCCCGCAACAACAACAAAAAUGACCGCAGCCGCUCGCAGCAGCGUCCGCAGCGCCGGUACUCGUUUGCCAGCACGGCGGCCGGCCGCCGCAACAGCCACUCCAUCGCACAGCAGCUCUACGGCAGCGACCAGCCUAGUGCCAGUCGACGAAGCUACGACUACAGUGGUGGCGGCGGCGAUGACGACUUGCUCGAGGGCGACCUCGGCUACGCCGCCGCCGAGGGCCAGAUGGGCAACCAGCGCAAGGUCAUUGUGGAGCGCCUCGAGGCCGUCAAGAGCAGCAACCCCGUCUUUACAUGGUGUUGA